AUGAAGCUGGAGGCGGCCACCGGAAGUGAUGGGCGAAAGCAGGAUACCCAGAAUUCCUACACGUUGACUGUCGAGAAAGUGCCUCAGAUGGGUCAGUCAGUGUACUUCAUCUGCAGUUCGAAGUCUCCUACAGCGGCCGGCGAGGAAGUCUCGCGGAGCGAGGAUGCAGAAAAGAGAUGCAUAGUUCAGAUAUCGGUUUGGGGGCAAAUGAUCCCCGCGCUCGAGAACGACGCUGUGUGCAGCGAGGACAAAGAGAGUGUAUCUCUGCAGGUCAACGAGAGCGGCAGAAGUGUGGCAUUCGGGUGCGGACAGACGAGAGUAUUGUCUCCAGUCCUUUUUGACAAGGUGUUUCAGGCGUCUGACAAGGGACAGUUGACGGAGGUCAGCUUGUCCUCUGUGGUGUCGAAUUCUACGUUGAUUGAAGCCAGCGAUGACGCUGACAGCUUUUCAGAGACUCCAGCGUACGAGCUUACCGUUAAGGAGUUGCCAAAUGACGGCAACAAGCUGCUCCGCUACCAGUGUAGCCCAUCGGAAAGCUCCACACAAACAGUUAACAAAGGUUCAUCAGGCACUGACACAUCGACGACUAAGGUGUGCAAUGUUCUGAUCGAGGCUCACGGCCAGCCUUCUUGCGCCACUGGGGCAGCCCCGCACUCAAGUGCAGACGGAGAGAGAAUGAAGAGGCGGCGCGGCGAGACGCCUUCGCUUCGAGUUCGGAUGGAGGCGCGAUUCAUGCAAGGGAGGCGGCCGAAGCAGGAAGAUCGUCACGUAUUGGUGUCCGACAUAAGCACACUGAUCGAAGGCCAGGACAAAGCGGCGAUUCGAGCCCUGGAUUGCCGUCCGGCUGCGCUGGUCGCGCUCUUCGAUGGCCACUGUGGGGCGACGUGCUCGGAAUUCUGCGCCACACAGCUGCCGUCUCGCGUGGUUUCCUACUUGGUCAAGUCCCUUCCAAAAUCAAAGCGACAGAAACUUUCUCAGCACUCCGCAGCCACAGUUGCAGAGGGCGACGCCCUGUCCGCCGCUGCUUCGCCGUCUUCUCUCUCUUCUUCUCCUGCGUCUUCUCCUGCGUCGGCGCUUCUCGUCAAGCUCCCUUCCUCUCUUCCGUCUCUGGUGGCGUGCCCGUUUCCUCUGCCGUCUGAGCCAGUCGAGGAACUAUUCCUCACGCUGGGUCCCAGAAUCAUUUCGGCCUUCAAGCACGUCGACCGGGAGUUCCUCUCCAAGUUCCGCACACUCAAAGUCGGAGGCUGCACGGCUGUCGUCUGUUUGCUUCUCGGCAACUUCGUCGUCGUGGCGUCCGUCGGAGACUCACGCGCAGUCGCUGGCGUACGUCGCAGAAAACGCCCGGAGCAUGACGCCCAAGCUGGUUCGCCGUGCUCCCUCAAGGGCGAGGUGGAAAGACAGCCCGGAGAAGCACAAGAGGAGCGCGAUGGCGAGGAGUCAAACGGUGCGCUCUCUCAGUCGCCUUCUUCGUCGACAAAUGCAGAUUCCCAGGGGCCCCAGGUGAAACUGGGAGGGAGCGACGAGAAGACCCAGGUGGACCACGGUGAAGCAGGCGAAGAGUUCGUCUGGGAGGCCGUCCGCGUCAGUCGAGACCACAAACCGAACCUGCCGGAGGAGAGAGAAAGGAUCGAAGCAAACGGCGGUCGAGUCAUUGAAGUCGGCGGCGUCGCACGCGUCGCUCCAAAGGGAUUUGAAGUGGUCUCUCGCGGGUUUGGAGACAAAGAACUGAAGGAAGAGAACCUCAUCAGUGCGACUCCCGAUGUCUUUGGCUUUCAUGCCACGGAGGAGGUCCGCCUUCUCAUCAUUGCAUGCGAUGGCGUCUGGGACGUUAUGACAGAUCAGGAAGCAGUUGAAAUUGCAGCUUGCCACUUGGACGACCCAAAGGAGGCGGCUAGUCAGGUCGUUAAACGGGCGUUCGAACGCGGCAGCCAGGACAAUCUGACGGCCAUCGCUGUUGUGUUUGACCACUAA